GCCCUCCGAUUGCGGGCUCCGACGAACGGACGUUUCUUCGGCGGACUUCUUCCUCCUCAAAAACAUUCGCCAUGGCUGCUGCUCGCACGCUUCGCAUAGGUCUCAUUCCCGGUGAUGGUAUCGGACGGGAGGUUAUUCCGGCCGGUAGAAGGAUCCUGGAAUCUCUUCCUUCUUCCCUCAACCUGAAGUUCAGCUUCGUCGACUUGGAUGCGGGUUAUGACACCUUCAGGACCACCGGAACUGCGCUGCCCGAUAAGACCGUGGAUACUCUGAAAAAGGAGUGUGAUGGAGCUCUGUUUGGUGCUGUCAGCUCCCCGAGCACCAAGGUCGCCGGCUACUCGUCUCCGAUUGUCGCUCUCCGCAAGAAACUAGACCUCUAUGCCAACGUCCGACCGGUCAAGUCAACCACCGGUGGCAGCCACGGUAACCCCAUCGACCUGGUUAUCGUGCGUGAGAAUACCGAGGAUCUGUAUGUGAAGGAGGAGCAGAGCAAGGAUACCCCCAAUGGCAAGGUAGCCGAGGCGAUUAAACGAAUCUCCGAGAGUGCGUCAUCGCGCAUUUCUACUAUCGCCGGCGAGAUCGCCCUGCGCCGUCAGAAGAUCCGGGACGUGGCGUCCGCGCCCGCCCUUCGUACCAACCCUAUGGUGACCAUCACCCACAAGUCCAACGUGCUGUCGCAGACGGACGGUCUGUUCCGUGAGACGGCCCGUAAGGCCCUGGCCGCCCAGCGCUUCUCCUCCGUUGAGGUGGAAGAGCAGAUCGUCGACUCUAUGGUUUACAAGCUCUUCCGCCAACCCGAGUACUACGAUGUGAUUGUUGCUCCCAACCUCUACGGUGAUAUCCUGUCUGACGGCGCCGCCGCUCUAGUCGGCAGUCUGGGCCUGGUCCCCAGCGCCAAUGUCGGUGACGGCUUCGCUAUCGGAGAGCCCUGCCAUGGCAGUGCCCCUGACAUCGAGGGCAAAGGUAUUGCCAACCCUAUCGCCACGUUGCGCAGUGUGGCGCUGAUGCUGGAAUUCUUGGGUGAGGAGAGCGCUGCGGCCAAGAUCUACACGGCGGUCGAUGGCAACCUGGACGAGGGCAAGUACCUUUCCCCUGACAUGGGCGGUAAGGCCAGCACUCAGGAGGUGCUGAAUGACGUGCUGAAGAGACUGUAAGGAGACGGAAGUCCGAUAUAGAGAGUAGAUAAAAAUGUAUCAAGUAUCAAUGCACACCAAGUCCUAAUUUAUGAUUAUGAUCCGACCACACUAA